AUGGGCGGCUGGUGCCAUGCCCUAGCUGUCCCUUCAUUCUGGAGUCUACUGAGUGGACUCCUUGUCUUGUUUUUCAUUUACUAUGUGACCUGGAUCAUCUACACUCUCUGCUUCCACUCCCUGAGUGGCUACCCUGGACCCAAGCUGGCUGCCAUCACUCCUUUGGUUCAUCUCGUCUGGGACAUCCAGGGCAAGCAGCACUCAACCGUGAAGCGUCUCCAUGACAAGUACGGAGACGUGGUCCGCAUUGCCCCGAAUGCCCUCGUUUACCGUGCUGCACCCGCUUGGAAGGACAUCUACGGUCACCGCAAGAAGGGACAUAAGGUCUUCAUCAAGGAUCCCGCCUUGUAUGCACCCACUCCCAACGGUGUCAAUGCAAUCAUCACCGCCAAUGAGGACAACCACUCCCGGAUGCGCCGUUUGCUGACCCAUGCGUUUUCCAACAAAGCCCUGCGCGAGCAGGAAGGGAUCCUCCAGAUGUACGCCAGCAUGUUCAUAGAAAAGCUUAUGGGUCUCAUGGGCAGUGCUGAAUCCCAGGACAUUGACAUCACCUGCUGGUUCAACUUCACCACCUUCGACCUGAUUGGCGACCUCGCAUUUGGAGAACCCUUCGGCUGCUUGUCAACCAGCGAAUACCACUGGUGGGUUCGGAUUAUUCUGGAUGCUGUCAAGGCAAGUGCCUACCUCAAGGUGUUUUGGUUCUACCCUUUCCUCAUUCCCUUGGUCCGCGUCCUGGUUCCCAAGCACCUUCUUGAGAAGCGCCAAGCCAGCUUCGACCUGAGCGUUGAGAAGGUCCGUCGUCGUCUUGCCCUAGGUGCCACUCGCCCCGACUUCACUUCAUACAUCCUCAAGCAUACCAAGGAUGGAAAGGGAAUGUCGCCUGAGGAGAUGGAUGCAAACUCGGCGGUCUUUGUUCUGGCCGGCAGUGAGACUACGGCUGCCCUGCUUUCAGGUGUGACAUACUACCUUCUGCGCUGCCGUGACAAGUACGAGCGUUUGGUCAAGGAAAUUCGUGGUGCUUUUGACAAAGACGGUGACAUCAAGCUAUCUACCCUCGUGGAUCUCCCGUACCUGAACGCUGUCCUGACUGAGGCAAUGCGCAUCUACCCGCCUAUUCCUUCGAUGCUUCCGCGAAUUGUUCCCGAAGGAGGCGCCAUGAUUAACAAGAAAUAUGUCCCUGGAAAUGUCUCCGUCUCUAUGUCGCUUUACUCCGCCUUCCAUGCAGCUGAGCACUUCAAGAAUCCCGAGGCAUUCGUCCCAGAGCGCUGGUUGAACGAGUCUGACGAGUACGCCAACGACAAGAAGGAAGCCUUCCAGCCCUACUCCUACGGUCCACGCAACUGUCUCGGUCAACACCUCGCGAACGCCGAAAUGCGCCUGCUGCUCGCCAAGCUCUUGUGGAACUUCGACCUGGAGCUUCUUUCUAAGUCUCUUGACUGGACUGACCAGAAGACCUUCGCGCUCUGGAGCCGCCCCGAGUUGAUGGUCAAGCUCUUCCGUGCCGGUGCUGGUUCUGCACUCUAA